AUGCUUCCUUCAGACCUGAAUGAGGAGAUGAUCAUCGAACGGACGGAAUGGCUGGUGCUCGGCGUCGCCGUCGUGCAUCUGAUGCUGGCCCCGGCGACCAAAGUCGAGGAGUCGUUCAACGUCCAAGCCACCCACGACCUGCUCUUCAUCCCUCCGUGGAACCUCACCCAGGUAUCUGGUAUUCUUCUCUUGAAAAGUUCCAAAAAAAGGUGACAGGUACAGAACUCAGUCAGCACAGGAGAGGUCAGCCGAUAAAAAGAACUUUAAAAAAUAAGGUUUAAAAUGUAUAAGGGAAUACUUUCUAUUUUAAUAAGGCUUGUGGUUUUUUCAAAAUCGUGUGCAAAUUAUGAUCCGAUUUGCUAAAAGUAAAAAAAAACCAAAACCAACAGCUCUCUUUUCAGCGUCCUCGGAUGUUAAAGAUCAACCUUUUCCUCAGGCUUUUUGUUAAUCUGGCAAGGUUUCUCAUUACAGUAUGACCACAUGUCGUUCCCGGGAGUCGUGCCAAGAACCUUUGCCGGGCCGAUUGCCUUGGCGGUGACCGCAGCGCCGUUCAGCUUGAUCAUGCGCUUUUUCGAAGUCUCCAAGUUGUGGAAUCUGAUUUUAGGUGAAUCAGAGAUACUAAAAAAAUGAAACGUCAAUGUUAAAGUGCGUGGAAUCUUGCUCUUGGUUAACGUUCUUGCGUUUCUCAACUUUGCGCGAUGCGUCAGAAAAUACUACGGGGAAGUAACGGCCGUCUACUUGAGGUUUUUUCUCAGUAUUAUUCCUGAUUUGGACUAACUUUUCCUUAGGAUAAUCGUCGCCACGCAAUUUCACUUUUUGUUUUAUGCGUCUAGACCUCUGCCCAAUACUUUUGCUCUGCCUUUCGGUGAGUGAAAAUUAUAAUUAUUCGAAAAACAGAUGAAAUCCAGCUCUUCUGGUUUUUCAAAGAUGUUUCGACAAUCGGUACGAGUCGGCGGUCCGAUGGGCGACGGCUAGUGUAUUCUUGUUUAGGUGAGGUUUUUUUUUAGCGUUUUAGUCGGAUUGAAGUUCACUCAUUUUUUCAAAAAAAAAAAGGAAACAUUUUGAAUUUGCAUUUGGGUUCAUUUUGAAGAGAUCUAGUACCUACGAGAUAUAUCUUUUUUUGAACUUUGAAUUUUUUUUUACCACAACUACUUUUUUGGCGUGGAACUCGAGGUUGAACACCACCUUUUCUCUCCCUUUCCCACAGUUUUUAAUAAAUUGUAAUUUUUAUGAGUUUGACAAGAUUCAGUUGAAAUCAAAAAAACAAUCUCAAAAAAUCUAUUUUUUCUACAUUUUUCCAUGAUUUAUUUUGACAUCGAGCUCCCGCCAAUAGCAGCGUCGCGUACGCAAUGCGUCACUUUUGUAAAUCUAGUAAUCUCGCCUUUUAAGUCGGAAAAAUUGAUUAUAGUUCAAUUAUUAUAGAUGUGAACUUGUUCUUUUGUAUGCCCCCUUGUUCUUGCCGGCGAUCUUUUACGGAAGAUUACCGUUGCUUGGACCGGACGGAGCGAUUAUCAACGGCGUCAGGACGGCCGUCAAGGUCUUGGGUUAGUAAAAAAAAAAAGGCAUAAAUUAGUUGAGUAUUGACUUUCAAGCUGUGACGGUACCCAUCGACUCCUACUUUUGGGGACGAUACGUUUGGCCGGAGGGCGAAGUGGCCAUUUUCAACAUUCUGCUUAAUAAAAGUCAUGAGUACGGUGUACGUUUUGAUAAGCAGUAAGAAAUAUUGAAGGAAAGUUUUCCUGUGAAGCUUUGAUCCCAAAAUGAAGGCUCUAAGGUUUUUUUCUGUCUCCUUCUAGGAGCGAAGCAACUGAACUUGAAAAAUAUUCAUUUUUGAAAAAUUGUUACAGACCUUAUUUAAGACGUAGGCAGCCUUGACUGAAGCUUUUUCUCAGUUCAUAUGCUAUAUUUUUUUCAAAGUUUCAAAUCUGAAGAAAUAGGAAAAUAUUUGAAGACAUCUCCGUUCCUCUGGUACUUCUACUCAGCCUUGCCGAGAGCUCUCCUGGCAAGUCUGAUGCUGGUUCCUCUCGGCGUGAUCCUCGACCGACGUCUUCGGCGAAUCGUCGCCAUUUGCCUCAUCUUCGUCUUCCUCUACAGCUUCUUGCCUCAUAAGGAAUUGAGGUGAAUGAAAAAAAUAUUUGUUUCGCGCUGAAACACUGCUUCAAUUGCUGGGAAAGAUUCAAAUUUGUUUCACGUUGAAAAUUUUUUUGAAUUUGUGAUUGCUCCAAAGUUCUCAGAGCUCUGGUAAACCCGAAAGGGCUUAGAUUUCCUACUUGAGUUCAUUCUAAAAAGAAAGAGAUUAAAAAAAUUAGUUCGUUUGCCAAUUUUUUUCGAACUUAUCCAUAAUAUUAUCAAUUUUGGAUAUAGCUGAAUAAAAAACUAUUUCUAGAGUUGGUUCAAUGAUAAGAAUCGGCUCAAAAAAGAUCUCCAUGAUUUUAUGAUUUUUUGUAUAAAAAGCAAUUUUGCAGAUUCAUCAUUUACAUUUUCCCAGUGCUGUCUCUUGCUGCAGCUGUCGUCUUUGCUAGAAUGUUCGUUUCAAAAAAAUAGCCUCGAUUUUUUCCCCGUUCCAGGAGCAUCAACAGGAACAAAGGCUGGAUCCGUUACUUGUUGUUCUUCGCCUGUUACGUCCACAUUUUCGCGAAUAUCUCCGCGACUUUGACUUUAUCAACUGCCUCGGCGAGGAACUAUCCAGGGGCCGACGCGAUAAAUUACUUGCAGGUUUCGCGAAUCAGAACACAAGAGUGAAUCGGGGAUGAUUUUCAGUGGCAUAUGCGGUUCGAUCGGAACAAGCCGGUCAAUGUCUACAUCGAUAAUGCGUGUGCGCAGACGGGCGUCAAUCGAUUCAUGCAAGCUUAUGAAGCCUGGAAGUUUGUCUUGAAGUUGAGACGAAGCUAAUGAAAGUUGUUUCUAGUUACAACAAGACGGAGAAUUUGAAGCCGGUGGACCUGAAAGAUUUCGACUUUUUGCUCCUAGGAACCUAUGGAUCGAACUUGGUGAAGGAGGUGAGGACAGACAGGAAUGAAUUUCUAUUGGUGUUUUCAACUGGCCAAAUGAGAUAUUGAAAAAAUCCGAACCGUUUUUGCUAGGGAAAAUUGUUUAUAGAGUUUCCGGAAAAUUUUGAGAAAAAAUAUUCUCAAAAAUCUUGCUGGUAGAAUUUAUAGGUUAGAUUAGAAUAUAAGACUCGACAAAGAGUUUAAAUCUCCCCUAGUGAAACGUAAAUCAGUUCAUUUUUCUUUAAACUGAGAUUUUAGGUCGAAACUGACUUCAGCGAGUUCCAUAGACCGAUGCACUUCAUCGAGUCGUUCCAUCGACUUGGCCACCACUGGUUCAAAUCUUUCCCUUACGUGUAUCCCAAGGUUCAGUUCAAGGAGAAGGCUGUUGUCAUGAGAAAUCUCAAUUAUUAG